AUGAGGACAUCGGCCGCGCGCGGGCUUCGGCAUGGGCCUCGCGGUCUUUUUUUGGCACGGCGUCGCCCGCAGCGACAUGCCGAAGCACAUUGCGGAGGGCAUCGCCGACCCCGCGCUGCACGUGAAGCUGGCGGCCCUCGGCUGCCUGGGCGCCCUCCUGGACGGCUCGGCCUAUCUCGGCACGGGCAGCGGCUCGCGGGAGGGCGCCUCCGAGGGCGCCGUGCGGGGUCGUCUGCCAGACGGGAGCCUGGCGGCCCCCGGGAGCGGCAGCCGCGCGGUGUCCGUGCUCGAGGCCCUGUUCGGGGCCCCUCUGGACGCCGCUGGCGAGCUGGUGUGUCCGCGCCGCCCGCGUGCGCGGCCGAACUCGCGCACCGGGCGCGGGUGGCCGUGGUGACGGAGGAGGGAGGCGGCAGCGGCGGCGGCACGGUGGCGUGGCCGCACCUCGUGCGGCGGCGCGUCCUGAGCGCGCCCGAGCAGGGCGAGGUGAGCGGAGCGGACGUGCUGGAGCCGCUGCUGCCAUCGGAGACCGCCGAGGAGGCCGAGGAGACCCGGCCCGCGGCCUGCCCUCGCUGGCGACCGACCUCGCUGGCUGUGCCGCGGAAGUCGCCCAGGACCUCGGACCCGCUGCUCCUGUCCCACGUCGUCCGCGCGCUCGGGGCGGCCUGCCAGUGGUCCCCCGCGCUGUGCCUGCAGCUGCUGGAGGGCGUGGCGCACCUGCGGCAGGGCUGGCUGCAGGCGGCAGGCGACGGCGGCGGCGAGGGCGAGGCGGGGCAGCUGAGGCUGGAGGUCUUCCGCCUCAUCCGCCGCACCUGCCACGUCGGAGGCCGCCCCGCGGCCGCCUGGUGGUUCGCGGCCGACAAGCCCGGGCAGUGGACGGCGGUCGCCGCGGUGCGGCGCGCGGUGCUGGACGUGGUGGCGCGCGGCGAGCGGUACGACGGCGAGCAUCUCGGCGACGCCGAGCAGGACUCAUGCGCGCGUGCCGCUGCUGUGCGCCGCCGAGGGCCUCCGGACGUGGCUCGCCUGGCUCCGCGGCGGGGCCGGCGUGGACGCGGUCGGCUGCGCUGGCGGCAGGAGAGGGGCCUCGCCGCCCCGCUGGAGGGCUGCUUGCACCGCCUCGCGCAGCGGGGCUGCGCGGACCCCCGGCUGCCCGGAGGGCGACUGGAUUGUCGGCGGCCUGCUGCUGCACACCUGCACCUGCAAGUGCUGACCAGAGACGCCGGCACUGCCGAGGGCCCGCUGUAUCCGCUGGAGCAGCCCGACGCAGGCGCCCUCCUCGGCACCCUGGCGGCGGACUGGGCCCGCCCGCUGGCGGAGGCCCUGGCCGACGACCACCCCCUGGAGGCCCCGGCGGGCGCCACGGCCGCGAGGCAGUUCUGCGCCGCGGCGCUCGCGGACCUGGCCGCCGCCGCGGCCUCCCCGCGCGGGCCCGGCACGCCGGCCGAGGCGCACCUCGCCGCUGCCGGGGCGGCGCUGCUCGCAGGCAGGCUGCGCGAGAGGUGCGCCGAGGUGGCCGUGCCCGCCGGCCCGCCAGCGGGGGCCGAG